UAACACUAUUAGGUAGCCAAUAGAUAACUCAUGGCUCUAAAGCAGCUUCUGUUCGCUGACGAUGCGUUCAACCGCCUACCAUCCCUUAUUCACCUGAUCCAAAGUGAAGUCUUACCAGAGAACGAACUGACUGAAAUAUUCGCUCAUGUCUCCAAUCUUAUAUACGGGAAUUUGCAGCAAAAGAAAAUGGGACUAGCAAUCUUAAAGUGCUGCCUCCUCUACUUGCACCAAAAUAACAGGAUAAGUAAUAACAUUGACUACCUGUUAAAAUGGUGGAAAGGAGUGGUGAACUGCAUGAAGUCUCGCUACACUGCCGAUACUACAUACCGUCUAGCGUGCGUUAACGCUACUAUCUUAUCUCAGAUCUGUGGUAACUACGUGGACUUGCUGAUGGAAGGUAGAGCUAACGUGCCUAUGUUAGUUGCAGCGUGCACUGCGCACGUGUGUGCUGAGAGUUUUGAGUUGUUGCACGUGCUGACGCGCAUGUUCCCCUCUCACAUAGGUAAACAUUACGAGGCUGUCAAGUCGUUCUGUUUAUCGCACGUGCAGGAUGAUCAUAGUGAGAAGUGUGCGGAGAUAUUAGCCCAGUUGACUUGUGUGGGUCCAGCUGGGAAACAGUCUGUUAACUACACCAACUCCUGGAACAAAGCUACUGUAACUUGUUUAGACAGCGUCAACAACAUGCUCUUCAGAGUUGUAGGACAGGAAGUUAAACCGGUAGCUAACACAUUAGUGCUACCUACCUGGCAGUUUACAGGAACUUUAGACGAUGUUAACAGAGCCAACAAGGAGGUCACAUUCCUUACUAAAUACCUCAGUCAUCUCCUCAACAUGACAGUUGAAGUGUCCACAGUCUUCCCUCUUAAAUCUCUGAGGAGUAUGAUAGAAUAUGUUUCAACUGCUUAUAACGAGUCUGCAGUGUACUCAGGAACAACUGAUAACUUCUCCAGGAGAUUGGUUAUUAACCAUGCUGUGAAGGAGGUGCUGUCAGCGGUCAUCUUGAUAGUUCCUGUGUUGAAUACCUCUGUGUUCUUGGUGCAACAAGAUGUUGAGAAUCUGAUCUACAACCUGUUAAAACGCUCGUGUCACGUGACCACUGCUUUGGAGCUGUUGUCUGUUAUGAUAGAUGUUGGGUGUACGCUCACUUCCCUCCCUUUUGUUGUUUUAAUCGACCUCCUGUCUCUCAACAGUCUCCAAAUAAAGGGACCUGUUACCAAGAAACAGAAAACAGAGCAGUUCAACACCUUCACAUUCGAGACAUCUACACUUGGGUCGCACAAAGAGGGUGAUAUGGUCUGUGUCCUGAAACUUCUGUGUCAAGUUCUGAGGAGUUGUGGAACUAGGUUACCCCAGCUAAAGUUUAAUGUUCUGAGAGAGAAAUGUCAGGAUAUCCUGACUCACAAAGAGAGUUUCUCCAGCAGAGUUCUUCAACAUACAUACCAGGUGCUCAACACAUUGUCAUCUCAAUCCUUUGAGUUCUCCUCCGUUCUCACUCUUUCUUCAAGUGCUCACGAGUCUUCUCUUCACACGUUCUUCUGUAACGAGACCAGCUCGGUUGAACCUCAUCUCCACCCUGAGAGACAUUCCUUCAGACAUUCAGUGGGAACUGUGGGUGUGGUGGAGGAAACUGAGAAACAAAGUGUAGAUAACAGUGGGGGGAGCAUGUGGGAGAAUGAGGACGAGGUGUUGUUCAGUAACAUGCCACACAGUAAUGGGGUGAAUUGUACUGAUGUUACUAUGGAGCAGGGCGAGGAGGAGGAGCUGGGGGACCAUGUUUCAGGUGCUGAAUCUGGGGAAGAAACUGGUGAUAAUUUAGUUUCGUUUGAAUCGCACUCAGAUAAAAGAACAUCUGAUAAAUCAGAUUCAGAGAGACUCAAAGAGGCAAUUAAAUCAAAACAUGACAGUAUUAUAAAUCUUAAAGAGAAUAUGAAGCCUGCUCAGGAAGAGGAAAUUAUCAAGUCUGCUGAGAAAGAGGACCAAUCGGAGGCUUUAUUUGACAUUUUAUCUUCUUUUGUUGACGAGCCUGCCAGUGAGGAUGAAAUGUGUGCUUCCACUAACACAUCUAUUUCUCUUAGGUUGAAAAUGGCGAUGGCAGGAAUGAGCGCAGCUGAAAAGUCGUUUCAGCUGCAACUUCAGAUGAAAAGGAACACUGAAGAAAUGUCCGGCUUUCUUAAAGAUAUGAGCGAUUGGACAAGGGACAUGAACCACAAGGAUGACCACUUAAAAGCGGCAAGUAAACCCGAAUCUGCACUGCCCCCUGUCAGAGCACAGCCCAAACCAAGGAAGAAGAAGAAAAAAGAAGUCCAAAUACAGGAGACCAGCAGCACUGAGAAAUGCGAACUGGAAACUGGGACUGAUAAGAAGGGAGGAAAGAUAAGAGGGUACGAUUACAGAGCCUGGGACAAGUUUGAUGUGGACGCAGCGAUAAAGGAGAUAGAUGGAGAUGCUAGCAAGAUGAUUAUAGCGGAGGAGGUAAAGGUGGAGGAGGAGGAUGAGGGAAGCACUGAUGAAGAGGAGAUGUCGAGAUUAGAGGAGGAGAAGAGACAACAGUUAGCUGUUUAUCACAAAGAAAAAGGUAACGAGUUCUUCAAACAGGGAAAGUGGGAGGAAGCGGUUGAGUGUUACACUAAAGGUUUACAGCAGGAUGCUCUUAACGCAGUUCUGUUUGCUAACAGAGCCAUGGCCCUUCUCAAACUACAGAAAUACGCUGCUGCUAUUGCAGACUGUGACUGCUCGAUUGAACUGGAUGACACAUACACCAAAGCUUAUCUGAGGAGAGCCACUGCUCACCUGAAGCUAGAACACAAGAAAGAAGCUCUAGCAGAUUUUAACAAAGUUCUAGAGUUUGAGCCGGAGAACAAGCUAGCCCUGACCACCGUUAAGAAGCUUGAAGUAGAGCUGGAGCCAGUUGAAGAGUACACCCCCAGAAAGCCAGGUGAUAUAACAAACAUGAAACGCACACUGCCUCCCUCGGAUAAGCCCAUGGUACGUAUCCAGAUUAUUGAUAUUAGCUCGGACGAUUUCGACACUAAACCAUCCAGAGGAAAAAAAGGUAUUGAAGAGUUAAGCUCUAAAUCAGAUAACGAAGCUACAGACUCCAAAACAGAGCAGAUAUCUACUUAUGCGAGAAAGAGGAAAGAUGUUGUUAGUACAGUUGAGUUUGAGACCCUCCCUACCCGCAUUCCGAUGAAUUACCUCCACUUCCAGACUGAUACCAGGAAGCUAAGAAAGCACCCUAUUCAACUGUACGAAUACAUCAAGCAAAUAGACCCGGACAUUUACCCCAAACUCUUCCAAGACAGCCUGGAGGCAGACACAUUGUUCAUGAUGCUGGACACCUUCAACAUCUUCUACAUUCCCAACAGACUGCCUGUGUACAGCGAGCUGUACUAUCUCACUAAGGUUAAGAGGUUUGACAUGGCCGUCAUGUUCAAGACAGAACGCCAACAGCUCACUAUCGGUCAACUCGUCCAGUAUGCAGCUGAAACUGUGGACGAUAAGCUCGGGAUUAUCGGACUGAUAAAGGCUUACAGUAUUCUUGAUUUGAGCAAAUACAAGUUGAACAACGUCCAAGAGGAGGUCGAUAUUUAACAAAUGGGUUCAGUUUUUGUAAAUAUUUUCUUGUACAUAAUAACUUGUCAUGUGUUGCUUUUUAUCAGUUGAAAAGUUUGAACCUCGAAGUUUUUA